GGCUAUGAACAGGCGUGGUAUCAACAGCUUCUAUUUUUGUCUCAUACUCCGAGGUCUCCGCGUCGGGAAAAGGACAGAAAGAAGAGUGAAAAAAGCAGAGAUAAAGAAAAAAGAAAAACCGAUGAAGCGGAAAAGAAAAAGGAGAAAGAUAUCGUAGAAAUAGUUGUUAUGAAGGAUAAAACAGAGGCAGGAACAGAAUUAGAACGUUUGAUGGAGGAACGGCGAAGAAAAGUGGAAAUUUGGCGGGCUCGACGGAAUAAAGCUGCAAACGCGGCUGAGAACGCCGAGAAAGACGAUAAAGGAGAGUGCUCGAAUUCUAACGGUGAAGGAAAGACUGAAAAGAAGAUGUGGAGCCUUGAAGAUGACGAGGAUGAUGACUUGGAAGAAGCUAUGGAAACGUCUGAUGUAAAAGCGGAGCCUGCUGUCGAGAACGGAACGGAACAAGUGGCGGAACGAAAAGAAGUGAGUCCCAACCAGAGUUUAGCUGUCGGUCAGGUAUCUCUUGAAGCA